AUGAAGUUGAGGUAUGUUAAGAAUGGGACAUCUGUUGAAAUGUGCGGCAAUAUAAAAGGAGUAUAUUCUCCGUCUUUCCUGUCUAAAAGCGGGGUUUUAAAAGUUGUGUGUAUCUGCACUCUGAAAUAUAUGAGUUCGAAGGUAGAAAAACAAGAUGUUACACAAUGGAUUCAGGAUAUUGCAAAGAAACGUCUGAAUAUUGCAACAUCUGUUGCCGAGUUUAAAUAUUCUAAAUGUCGUGUACGCCAGUUAAAUGGACCAAACCAUUUCCCUUCACUGGAUGACAAUUUUGACGAACAAACUCAUGACUCACUGUUAAAGUCGGGAAAUAAACUGGGAGUACUGUAUUGGAUGAUACGUGAUCAAAGAGUACAAGAUAACUGGGCCUUCUUAUUUGCUCAACGCUUGGCAUUGAAAUUUAAAGUCCCAUUACAUGUUGGCUUUUGCUUAGUUCCAAAAUUUCAAGCUAAAACACUACGACACUAUACAUUUAUGAUUGGUGGAUUGAAAGAAGUGGAAAAAGAAUGUCGUGAACUUUGGAUACCAUUUCACCUUACCUCUGCUGCGAGUAUAUCGAAUCAACAGUCAGUGAGGACAGGUGUAAAGCGUAAAUUGAGUGAAACAGAUAUUAUUGACACUGAAUGUUAUUCCGACGCUGUUGCACACUCUUUGUUGAAUAUAAUACAGAGUGCUAAUAUUGGGUGUAUUGUGACAGAUUUUUCACCCUUACGUGAACCUUCAUCAUGGAUAAAACAAUUAGCUGAACUGUUGCCGGAAAAUAUUCCAUUUUGUCAGGUGGAUGCACAUAACGUAGUUCCUGUAUGGCAUGCCUCAGAUCAUUUGGAAUACGCUGCUCGUACAAUACGACCUAAAUUACAUCAGAAAGCUACUGACUUAAUGACUGAUUUCCCACCGUUAGUCCAACACCCACAUUGUCAUCAACUAGAUCUUGAUUCAUCAGCAGUCGACUGGGAAUAUUGGAUGUCAGAAUUUUCUGGAGAUAUGUUGGUUAAACCUGUCGAUUGGGCUACUCCCGGUACUGAAGCCGGUUUCAAUACCUUACACACAUUCAUACACGAAAGACUGUCCAAAUAUGCCGAUGGCCGCAACGAUCCAACUAAAAAUUGUCUGAGCGAUCUGUCGCCUUGGUUUCAUUUCGGUCAAGUUGCACCACAAAGGGCGCUUUUAGAAGUGAAACUUAUGAGAGAUAAGUAUAAAAGUUCAGUGGAUUCAUUCGUAGAAGAAGCGUUUAUCCGCAGAGAGCUGUCAGACAAUUUUUGUUAUUACAACCCGAAAUAUGAUUCAUUUGAAGGAGCAUGGAAAUGGGCUCAGAACACCCUAGUUCAACAUGCAAAUGAUAAGCGCAACCCAUCAUAUGGAGAAGAAACUAUGACCAAUGCUGAAACCAAGGAUGAUCUGUGGAACGCGGCCCAGCGACAGCUUGUACGAUCAGGAAAGCUUCACGGGUUUUUGCGAAUGUACUGGGCGAAGAAAAUUCUUGAGUGGCAUGAAGGUGGUCCGAUAGCUGCCCUCAAGCUAGCGUUCUAUCUCAACGACCACUUCGCCUUGGAUGGAGCAGAUCCCAAUGGAUAUGUUGGCGUCAUGUGGUCAAUAUGCGGGGUACAUGACCAAGGUUGGGCAGAGAGGCCAGUUUUUGGAAAAAUCAGAUGUAUGACCUAUAAAGGGUGUCAAGGAAAAUUUUCUAUACCUUCAUUUGUAGCACGAUACCCAAAAUAA